AUGAGUUGGCAGCGGAAGGAUCGAGUUCCCGGCUUAUCGGAACCAAGCCCAUGGCUCCAGUCGCCAGCUCACGGCAUUGGAAAGACAUCAUGCCAACCUGCUUGCUGCCUACUGCAACGAGGAUUGGGUCUCCUGACUGAUUCCAAACAGCUGAUCCAGGGUUUCUCACUCAACUUUGCAACCGAGGUACCGAGACUAUCGGAGAGACCAUUCUGUAGAUUCUGCGGUGAUGAUGAUUCGGGAACAGGAAGAGCCCAAUCGAGGAAACACAGAUUCUUAGGC